CGGCCGUGCCCCCCUAGCUCGGACAGGCGGACGUUCGUACAGACAGACAGACACACGCGCGGACACACAGACACACGCACCCCGCACCCCGCCCUGCGCUGCGAGCGGGUGCAAGCCCGGAGGCGAUCCUGGAGAACAACCUUUCCCUGUCGCUGCUGCCGGCUCCCGCAGGGCUGGACCCGGGGAGCUGCGUCGCGGAGCAAACUUCCCCCAAAGGGCUGAGCUCGCCGGCCUGGUGCCUGCAGCCGGAGCCGGCCUCCGGCUUGGCGGGCAGGGGCCAGGUGCCUUGGAACAAGUGCGGCCCUGGGGGAGACUGGCUGCCCGGCGGCAGGCAGAAGGUCUGCGAGCAGAUGGGCUCCGACGUCCGAGACCUCAACGCGCUGCUGCCCUCCGUGCCCUCCCUGCCGGGCAACAGCAACUGCGCCAUGCCGGUGAGCAGCGCGGCGCAGUGGGCGCCCGUCCUGGACUUUCCCCCGGGGGCCUCCUACGGCUCGCUGGGGCCGCACUCCUUCAUCAAGCAGGAGCCGAGCUGGAACGGAUCGGACCCGCACGAGGAGCAGUACCUGAGCGCCUUCACCGUCCACUUCUCCGGCCAGUUCACGGGCACGGCCGGGGCUUGCCGCUACGGGCCCUUCGGCGCCCCGCCGCCCAGCCAGCCGCCCUCGGGCCAGGCUCGGAUGUUCCCCAACGGGCCCUACCUGCCCAACUGCUUGGAGAGCCAGCAAGCCAUCCGCAACCAGGGUUACAGCACCGUGGCCUUUGACGGGACCCCCAGCUACGGCCACACGCCGUCCCACCCCGCCGCUCAGUUCAGCAACCACUCCUUCAAACACGAGGAUCCCAUCAGCCAGCAGCCCUCCCUAGGGGACCAGCAGUACUCGGUGCCUCCCCCGGUGUACGGCUGUCACACGCCGACCGACAGCUGCACGGGCAGCCAGGCGCUGCUCCUCCGGACGCCCUACAACAGUGACAAUUUAUACCAGAUGACCUCACAGCUUGAAUGCAUGACAUGGAAUCAAAUGAACUUGGGAUCCACACUGAAAGGACACACAGCAGGAUAUGAAAAUGAGAACCACAGCACUCCCAUGUUGUACAGCUGUGGGGCCCAGUACAGAAUACACACCCACGGGGUCUUCAGAGGCAUACAAGACGUCCGGCGCGUGCCCGGCGUGGCUCCCACCAUCGUGCGCUCGGCGAGCGAGACGAACGAGAAGCGUCCCUUCAUGUGCGCCUACCCUGGCUGCAACAAGAGAUACUUCAAGCUGUCCCACUUGCAGAUGCACAGCAGAAAGCACACUGGUGAGAAACCUUAUCAGUGUGAUUUUAAAGACUGUGAACGAAGAUUUUCUCGUUCAGACCAACUCAAAAGGCACCAAAGACGACACACAGGUGUGAAACCCUUUCAGUGUAAAACUUGUCAGAGAAAGUUCUCCAGAUCUGAUCAUCUGAAGACUCAUACCAGGACUCAUACAGGUAAAACAAGUGAAAAGCCUUUCAGUUGCCGGUGGCCCAGCUGUCAAAAAAAAUUUGCCAGGUCUGAUGAAUUAGUUCGUCAUCACAACAUGCACCAGAGGAACAUGACUAAACUGCAGUUGGCCCUUUAGACAGUUCAAACAAGUGAAAAUACCAGAUGGGACAUUAUAAGCUACUGCAAAGUUUCUCAGCCAUCCUCGAUCACCUCUGUCAGAGAGCUGCAGCUGCCUUCGCAUCCUAUCUGACACAAGUUAACUCAAACGUAGGAUUCUGCUCAGCCUGCCCUUCCCUUUGGAGCUGCACAAGUUCCCAGGCAAUAAGUUCAAGAGGUUUUUACUUGUGGUUUUGUACAAAAGUAGGCGAGACCAUCACAGUUUCAAGAUUACUAUAAACUGUGCUCAGCUUUCAUGUCUGUCUCCAGCUUUUUUUGUGUUAUUUUCACUUGAACUUUUCCAGGUACAAAUUGCUGUACCUUUUUAAUUCCUGCAGUGGGUAGGAUGAUUCCUCCCUGUUGAAGGUCAGCUCUGCACUUACAUCAUCCCUGCAUAUGCUGAGGCUCCUGAAUGCUAGUGCAGCUUUCCUCACAAGAUGAAGGAACAGUCACCUGAGAUACUUCUGGUAACCUUUGUACUGCCAAAGGGCAGCCUUUUAGAGUUGGAAGCUCUGCUUUUGAAAUUUCACAAGUCAAACCUUUUUUUAAAAGGUUGUUUUUCUAGAGCAGCUAAAGCCAGAUGACCCAGAGCCUCUCUGUACAAAAAAUUAAGAAUCUUACCAUUAAGUUAACUUGGUUUUUAAAGAAUUGCAUAACUGAACCCUCAAAACUGUUUUGUUUGUCA